AUGGGUACACCCUACGGGUACUGGUCACAGUCUCAUCUCGCUCCAGCUGACAAUUUGCCCUCAAUUGAUCCACUCCUAACACCUCGAAUCCACACAGUACAGGAACUCGCGCGGACUCUCAAUAAAGUGGGCGUUGUGCAUGUCAGAGGCACUCCGGCCUCUGGGAAAACCAUCCUUGCUCAGUUUCUCAAAACUCACUACGUGAGUCUCAAUACAACGGUUCUUUUUUUCGAUAACUGGAGAGGCCGCGCAAGGUACGAGCUCAAAAUUAUGGAUGCAGGAUACAAGCAAGACCAAAGAUUCAAUGUCCCAUCGUUCAUUGAAGUAGGCGACUACGUGCUUAUCAUUGACGACGCGGAGACAUCGUUUCAUGACAUGGAAUUCUGGAAGGGUUUCGUGUUGAAGGCCCUGCAACGUCAGUACAAAGCCCGAAUCUGUCUGUUUUCUUGUGGUGGGAGCCCACUCUCUGGGACGGAUCAAGAGUCUUUCGGUCAUCUUCAAUCCGGCCCUUUCUUUCCCCGACACAGAGUAUCGGUCUUACCAUCUGCAGCCGGGGACUCUCCUCCUUUUGGGCUGUUCUUCACUCGAGUUGAGUUCGACGAUGUCAUCCGCCGCUAUUGCACUGCUGCUAUCCGCAACCCGAAGAUUUGUUUAGAGCUGUCUGCGGAGAACAGGAUCUUUGAAGUGACGAGAGGGCAUCCUGGAGCGGUGAAUGGUAUUCUACAGUUGUUACAUCAUGUUUUUCGUGAUCCACUGAUGAAUGCCGGUUUCAGGCUUGGGAAAGAUGAAGUCGAGAGUUGUCUCAAUGACCUAGAGCACGUCGGCCAAAUCCCCAAUCUUCAAUUCAAGAGUUCCCUACCAAUGUCAUCUGUCUCACACGAGGCUAUUCAAGCUAUGCGCAUAGUCGUCGCAAAAAAAGCCAUCGACUUCGACCCAAACGAUACGGGUAUCAAAGAAUGUUACGACAACGGAUGGCUUUUAGCCGAAGCAAUAAAGGGAAACAGGGCUCGCUACUAUGACAAAAGAGAGCGCGUUGUCUGCGUGUUUCCAACGGAACUACAUGAAAGUUACUUCAAAAUGGCCUACGAGGAUUAG